AUGGACGACGGCACGACGCGCACGCUCGAGUCGAACCCCUGGGACUGCAUCUACUCGUCGGCGGACUACGGCUCCUGGGGCCGUAGGCUCUUCGAGAUCGACGGCGAAAUGGUCGACCAGUACGCCGUCUACUACGACUUCGACCAGGACGUGCUCGCCGAGUCCUUCGCGGACGACGACUACAGCGGCAUCGCGGGCAUGGAGUUCGGCGGCGACGGCAUGCAGGUCGCCUACUCGUCCAUCCAGCUCUACGUCACGAACGACGCCGUCCGCCGGCGGAAGCUGAAAGCGUCGGACGUGCGCCGCCGGCUCGGCGCCGUCGCCCCCGACGACUCCUCCGUGGACUACAACGGCAACACGACGGUCCUGUUCUUCGGCACGAUCUUCGACAAGGACUACGCGUGGUACGACUCCGCCGGCGCGGCCGUGGAGAACCCGUACCGCGCGGGCAGCCCGUCCAUCACGGCCUACAGCGCGGCGACGGGCAACCUGCCCAAGCGCGACGCGCCCUACGGCGGCGGGUCGACGGCGCGCGCCGCGAGCCGCGGCGGGCUCGACCCCGCGGCGCACGGCGCGGAGUCGAGCCCGUGGCGCGAGGCGGACACGUACCGCAUGUCCAAGUACCUCACGUCCGUGACCGUGCCCGACGGCGUCUCCGGCCUCGACACGUGCGCCGACACCUACCUCUACACCCAGUCGGGCACGCUCACGUCGGAGACGCGCUACGGCUACGUGAGCUUCGUGGUCCCCUACGUCUUCGACGCGUCCGACGCGUCGGAGACGACGUUCCAGAACUACGACCUGUCCUACUUCUCCAUCUCGUCCGACUACGCGACGGAGUACUUCACGGUGAACGCGCGCAUGAUGGCCGCGCUCUACGGCACGGACUCGAAAAACGCGCGCGGCUCCUGGGGGUCCGUCUUCCUCGUGCCCCAGGCCGACUGGGACGCCUGCACGGCGGGCACGCUGGAGCUGUGCACCGUGGACAACGAGCUCGAGCCGCCCCACGUCGAGGUCGACGGCGAGGCCGUCGGCUUCAUCCUCCCCUACGGGAACCUCACGAUCCGCUACCGGGACAUGAACGAGGGCUUCCUCGGGUCGCCGGACCUCGCGCCCUGCUACGCGGGCACGCCGGCGGACCCCAACGAGCCCGUGGACCCGAGCGUCAUGUGGGACGCGAGCCUGGGCAAGUCGUGGAUGCCCGUGGAGCACUACGCCGACUUCGUCGACGGCGACGCGUUCUACGCGGAGCUGCGGACCCUGGCCCGGGCGACGCGCGCGCCGGCGCUCAUGCUGAAGCGCGCGCCCGCCGCCGCCGCGCUCCCGAAGCCGGCGGCCGACGACGCGCCCAAGACCGCGGCGCUGCCCGUCGCGUUCUCCGUCAACGAGGACAAGCAGCGCGACUACCAGACCGCGGAGUGCACCUGGCCCGACUCGACGGCGUUCCCCUCCGUGCUCCAGAAGGCCGCGGGCUUCGCCGUCGCGGGCAAGCCCUGGGGGGGCGUGCUGCUGACGGACCGGGGCCAGUACCCGGCGCUCCACGGCGUCGAGAACGUCGGCGACUACGACCCCGCGGAGGCCUACGCGCGCAUCAUCGACGCCUACGACGACCUGCGGGAUGCCUGCGAGGCCGAUUCGUCCGCGUGCGCCGAGACCUUCGACGUCGCGUGCCGGUUGUCGGGCGACUACGACGCGACGUUGGACUGCGUCGAGGACUGCGUCGAGAAGCCGUUCCGGUCCUUUUCGUCGCCGGACUGGACGGGGCCGGCCGCGACGGCCUGCGACGACCCCGUGCUCAGCGCCUUCGAGCUGACGCCGUCGAUCAUCAAGUCCUGCCUGGACCCGACCUACGACGCGACGGAGGGCGGCCUCUACACCAUGGACGCGACGAUGGGCUGCUACGACUGCAUCUCGGGCUGCAUCGACCUCGCCGAGGGCACGAAGCGCGAGCUCAAGCUCGAGUCCGACUGCGGGCUCGACGAGGACGGCGCGAGCAUCUUCGCCUGCGCCCACUGCGGCGUCGCGGCGGAGAAGAGCUAUCGAUGCUCGGGCUGCAAGCAGGUGACGUACUGCUCCAAGGCCUGCCAGCGCGGCGACUGGCCCGAGCACAAGAUCCAGUGCGAGAGCGUCGAGGAGGCGCUCCUGGCCAAGUCCGGCGAGGGCGACCGGAACGUCGGCGCCGCGCGCGUCGAGGCGCGCGCGGCGUGGGCCGCCGCGGCGCUCCAGGCCCUCGUCGCCCUGGCCUGGCUCCUCGGCGCGACGGGCGCGCUCACGGUCGUGGACCGCUGCGCGGGGAAACUCCUGGCCCUCGCGGGCGCGACGGUCGGCCGGUCCGGGCCCGUCACGCUCUGGUCGCUCGGGCUCCUCGUGGCGUCGAUCAUCGCGCGGUCCGCCGCGGGCCAGGCCCUGCUGCGGCGCGCGAAGAUUCUGGCGUCCGCGGGCGUCGCCGUCUACGAGCUGCGGCGCGCGCGCAAGUACGACGACGAGCACCACUUCAAGAGCUGCGGCAUCUUCGUCGCGCGCACGGUCGUCGAGCUCGGCGGCCUCUGGGUGAAGACGGCGACCUACGCGUCGGCGCGCCUCGACGUGCUCCCGCGGGCGCUGGCGCUCGAGCUCGCCCACUGCGCGGACCGCGUGCCCGCGGCGCCGCUCGCGGGCGAGCGUCGCCGGUACGCGGAGCGCGCGCUCGGGCUCGAGGCCCUCGUCGGGCCGCGGGGCGACGGCGACGGCCUCGCGCCCUUCGCCGCGCUGGACGAGACGGCGGCGGCGGGCGCGUCCGUGGCGCAGGUGCACCGGGCCGAGGCGUACGCGCCCGCGUCGGACGAUCAGGGCGGCGACACGAUCCAGGUCGCGCUGAAGCUGGCGCGGCCGGGCGUCGACGUCCUCUUCGAGGCGGACCUGCGCCUGCUCUAUUUCCUGGUGUGGCUCGCGACGGAGUUUUUCGAGACGGACCUGAGGUACCUGCGCGCGUCCGCGGCGUCGUACGCGUCCGCUUGUCGGCGCGAGCUCGACUUCCGGCGCGAGGAGGCGAACGCGCGGGACCUGCGCGAGUCGCUCGAGUCGCUGCCCGGCGGCGGCGUGUCCCUGCCGGAGAUCCUGCCCCAGUACACGCGGCGGACGAUGCUCGUGAUGUCGUCGUUCGAGGCGGGCUUCCGAGUCGACGACGUCGGCGAGCUCGAGGAGCACAAGAUCGCCAAGGCCGCCGUGUUCCGCCGGCUGGCGGCGGCGCUCGCCCACGGCAUCUUCGCCGAGGGCUUAUUUCACGGCGACCCCCACGCGGGCAACGUCCUCGUGCGCCCGAACCCGGAGCAGGCCGACGGCUUCGACCUCGUGCUCCUGGACGGCGGCGCCGUCGAGCGGCUGGACGACGACGUGCGCGCGGCCUUCGCGGGCUGCGCCUACGGCACGGCGACGCAGGACCCGAGCUUCCUGCGCGCGUCGCUCGACGCGCUCAUCGCGGCCGCGGGCCUGGGCGCGGACGACGGCACGCGGAAGGCGCUCAUGCGCGUCUUCGUCUUCCUGCUCCACGACCCGGCGUCGGGCGCGGGCGCGGCGGCGCGGCGGCGCGCGAACGUGAAGCACCCGUCGCCCUUGCUCGAGGACGACGGCCGCGCGCUGCCCGAGAGUCUGGUCGCGGUGCUCCGGGCCGCGUCCGUGCUCCGGGGCCUCGCCGCGGCGCUCGACGUCGCGUCGUGCUUCGCCGAGGAGGUCUGCAAGGCCUGCGUGCGCGGGCUGCCCGCCGCGCGGGACCUCGAGCACUGGAAGCUCGGCACGGGCUACGUCGGUCCGACGGUCCGGAAGGCGCCGGCGAAGCGGUCCCUCCACCGCGCGGCGGCGUCCAUGCGCCGCUCCGCGCCGUCCUUCUCCGACGUGCCGCCGCUCUGCCCCGCGUCGCCGCCGGGCGCCGCGGCGCGACCGGCGGACGACACGGGAUUCUUCGUCGUCCGCGGCCGCCGCGUGUCGGGCCUCGAGUGGAUCCGGUCGCGCGCGGGCGACGCGCGGGCCGCCCUGCGGCGCGCGGCGCGCGUCUGCGCCUACCACGACGUCGCGCUCAUCCGCAUCUCGCCCGAGGAGCCCGAGCCGGGCCAGCCCGACGAGGACGACGACGACGACGAGGGCGACUUCGACGACAUGUCCAGCUUCGACUCCGCGACGCGGCGCGCCCUGCCCAGCAUCGGCGCCGGCGCGGCCGCGGCGGCGCUCGUCGGGCCCGCCGUCGCCGCCGCCGAGGUGGAGCAGUCGGCGGCGGCGGGCCGGGCGGUAGGCGCCAUGCAGAAACUCGACAGCGGCGUGCGCUACAUCGACCUCAAGGAGGGCGCGGGCGCCGGCGCCGGCGUCGGGUCGAAGAUGACGCUCCAGUGGGUGCUCCGCCGGUCGAACGGCUACUUCGUCUCGAGCUCGUUCGGCCAGCUCGCGUCCGGCCCCGACGGCGGCGUGCUCCUCUUCGGCGACCCGACCAUCGCCAACAAGUUCGAGCCCUUCAUCUUCACCGUCGGGAGCGGCGGCGCCGUGCCGGGCCUCGACGAGGCAGUGCGCGGCAUGAAGAAGGGCGGCGUGCGCCGCGUCGUCGUGCCCGCGCCGCUCGCCUUCAGCCUGCCGCUGAACAAGUCGCCGGGCCCCGUCCCCGACGACUUCGGCUCCAAGCGCCAGAUCGAGCGCGAGCUCCAGCGCCAGGACCCCUACAACUACUUCCUCUUCGAGGUCGAGGCCACGAACGUCCGGUGA